ACGUCAACUCGACUCGAUCGCGUGUGAAGUUUUGAUUCUCCGUCGUCGGAAGUUUCUUCCAACCUACAGACGCCAUCAAACGAAAGCUUCAUAAGAUCCUUCGAUUCCUCCGUCGUUUUUGGAAGUCUUUUUUGGUGACGAUUUCGAUUCGAAUCGGAGGUGGUAAUCUGGAGAUCUGCUCCUCCUCCCUUCGUCUUCUUCGUAGAAACCAUGUCAGACGCUCUGAUAAACGGAUUGGCUGGAGCUGGGGGUGGGAUCAUCGCUCAACUCCUCACUUAUCCUCUCCAAACUGUAAAUACACGCCAGCAGACGGAGCGUGAUAUCAAGAGGGAGAAGAGGAAGCUUGGAACUAUAGAACACAUGUGCCAGGUUGUGAAACAAGAGGGAUGGGAGCGAUUAUACGGUGGAUUGGCUCCGUCUCUCGCUGGCACCGCGGCGUCACAGGGUGUGUACUAUUACUUCUACCAAGUGUUUCGGAAUCAAGCGGAAGCUGCAGCUCUUCUGCAGAGUCAGCAAGGGUUGGGUGACGGAUCCGUUGGGAUGCUUGCUUCGCUUUUAGUGGCUGCAUUGGCUGGAGCAGUUAAUGUUCUGAUGACGAAUCCAAUUUGGGUGAUUGUUACACGCAUGCAGACCCACAGAAAAAUGCCAAAAGAUCAAAAGACAGUCUCUGAGUCACCUCCUUCUGAGAUAGAAGAAGUUCUGGUUCCAGUUGAGCCGCGCCCAUAUGGAACCUUUAACACGAUUCGAGACGUUUACGAUGAAUCUGGAGUGACUGGGUUCUGGAAAGGUGUAAUUCCUACACUGAUCAUGGUAAGUAAUCCAUCAAUGCAAUUUAUGUUGUACGAGACAAUGCUAGCAAAGCUGAAGAAAAAACGUGCCUUGAAGAGUAGCAGCACCGUGACCGCUUGGGAGACGUUUCUACUAGGAGCUGUGGCUAAACUCGGAGCUACAGUCACAACUUAUCCUCUCUUGGUUGUAAAGUCGAGACUUCAAGCCAAACAGGUCACAACAGGGGACCAAAGACAUCAGUACAAAGGAACGCUGGAUGCGAUUCUGAAGAUGAUUAGAUAUGAAGGGCUUUACGGGUUCUACAAAGGGAUGAGCACAAAGAUUGUUCAGAGCGUUUUAUCUGCUGCAGUUCUGUUCAUGAUCAAGGAAGAGCUUGUCAAGGGAGCCAAGCUGUUGCUCUCUAACACGACUUCUAGCAAAGUGAAGUCCAAGCUUUCCUGAGGCUCAAUCAAGCUAGGAUUUUAGAAAAAUAAGAUUGAAAUAAAUUAGUAGAUUAAAAUUAAACUUCCAAUAAUUUCUUGAUUAGUUAUCACAGAAUCAGGAAUGGUGUUCAUUUCCUGAUCGUUGCAAAUUGAUUAUUGUAUUUUCCUGCAAAACUAUUGGUUUGUAUGAUUCUAUAUCUUAAAAUUUGGCAGAUUAGUUGUGUUUUA